AUGUGUGACAGAUUAUGGAGGCGCCAGAUCGAGGAUCUAGAACGCGGCGUGCUCCAAGCCACCAGCCAGCUCUACGCCGCGAUUAUCCGGCGAUGUGCGAGCGCCAGGGAUCUGGCACACGGCGGCCGCGUCCAUCGCCACUUGAUUGCCGCUGGCUAUGGCCGGCACUUGUUCUUAGGGAAUCUCCUCGUUCAGAUGUACAGCAAAUGUGGGGACCUGGAGCUCGCGCGCCGCGUCUUCCACACCCUGCCAGUCAAGAACGAGUUCUCGUGCAGCAUUUUGAUCUCGGCCUAUCUCCGAGCCUCGCGCCCGGCCGACGCCAUCGCUCUCUUCCACGAGAUGCCGCUUCUGGGCACCCGGCCCGAUGGCUUCGUCUACGCAAGCGUUCUCAGCGCCUGCUCGAGCGUCGGGGAUCUGGAACAGGGAAUCUCCAUCCACGAUGAGGUGAGAGCUUCGCAAUUCCUUGACGAUCCAAUCGUCCAGACCGCGCUGGUGGAUUUCUACGCCAAAUGUGGGAGGCUGGAGGAGGCGGGCAUGGUGUUCGAGGCCAUGAGCCGCGAUCGCGAUGCUUUCUCGUGGACGGCGCUCGCGAGUGGCUAUGCUCAGCAUGGGCAACCCGGCAGGGCCAUCCAGAUCUUCCACAGGAUGGACUUGGAGGGCGUUGGGCCGGACGCUUUCACCUUCUCCAGCAUUCUGGGAGCGUGUUCUAGCACCAGGAACCAUCGGCUGGGGAGACUGAUUCACAGUCGCGUGGAGUUCCUCGGGAUGGAUCGUCAGGACGCCGUGAUGCAGUGUUCUAUCAUCAAGAUGUAUGGGAAGUGUGGCAGUGUGGGCAAUGCGAGAGGUUUCUUCGACAGGAUCGCGAGCUCUAGCGUCUGGUGCUGGACAGCGAUGAUCGGAGCGUAUGCCCAGAAUGGGCAUAUGGUGGAGGCGAUGGAGAUGUUUCACAGAAUGGUUCUGGAGGGCGUUCGUCCCGUGGGAUCGACUUUCGUGCUUGUUCUCAGUGCUUGCACGACGCUGGACCAUGCCGAGGCGAUCCACGCACGAGUUUUAGAGGCUGGAUCCCAGGGUGAGAACUUAGACGCGGCUUUCGUCGGCUUAUACUCAGGCUUUGGACGGAUCGAUCAAGCUAGCAGGAUUUUUGAGAGCACGUCCACGAAGAAGGCCGAGUGCCGGGCGCGUUUGAUCGCAGCAAUGGCCAAGGAGGGAGAUAAAGCUCGAGCGCUGGAGCUUUAUCAAGAGUGGUGGUCCAAGAAGAACGAUAGCGAGCUUUCGAAGAGCGGAUCCAUCUUUGCUGCUGCACUAAGCGCGUGCUGUUCAGUGGACGAAGUACAGGAAAUCGAGAGCCACAUUCGUGCAUUUUCUGCGAAGUCUUCUCUCCCCGAGGAAGUGGGAGCUGCUCUUGUCACCUUUUUCGCGAGGUGGGGUAGCGUCGACGAUUCGAGCAGGGUCUUUGAGAGCUUGGAGCUCAGAGACACUGUGACUUGGAACGCCAUGCUGGGUGCGUACGUGCAGCUCGGGCAUAGCAGGGCCACCAUCGGGUUUUACUACCGGAUGAACUUGGAAGGCAUUCUCGCGGACAGCUUCACGUUUUCCAGCAUCCUUGGAGCCUGCUCGGAUCUUCGCGACUUGGAACUCGGGAAACGCGUCCACGAGCGAGCAGUCUCCAUUGGACAGGCCAACGUGGUCGUGAAGAACACGCUGUUGCGCAUGUAUGCAAGGUGUGCUCGCUUGGACUACGCAAGGAGAGUUUUUGAGGAGAUGGUGGGGGCGAGAGACUCCGGAUCGUGGAAUAGCAUGAUCUCGGGCUACGUCCAGGCCGGGCGUCCUCAAGAAGCGCUCGAGCUCUUUCACAGGAUGGACGUGGAGCCGAGCGUAGCAACGUAUGGGAGCGUCCUCGAGGCGUGCUCGAGCCUGGGAGAGCUCGACCAGGCCAAGGCGGUACACGGGCGGUUCGUCUCGGCGGGGCUGGAGUCCGAGGUGGUCGACACCACGCUCGUGAAGAUGCUGGCAGGAGCUGGAUUCGUGGGCGACGCCAGGAGAGUUUUCGAGAGCUGCAAGAGUUCGCGCAAGGAUCCGGUGUCGUGGAACGCCAUGAUCGCGGCGUAUGCACAGCACGGAGAUAUGGCGGAAGUUACCGAUCUUUACCGGAGGAUGAACUUGGAGGGGUGCUUGUCCGGGACCGUCACCUUUGUGAGCAUUCUCAUCGGUUGCAGCCGGGCCGGUUUGCUGGAGGAAUCCAUCUACCAGUUUGGAUCUAUGAGCUCGGACCACUGGAUACCGCCGGUGGUAGAACACUUCGUGUGCGUGGUGGAUCUGCUGGGACGAGCCGGGAGGCUGGACGAAGCAGAGGAGCUCGUGGAGACGAUGCCGGUGGAGUCGAGGCUAAAGUUUGGAGCUUGGAAGUCACUGCUCGCUGGGUGUAAUAUCCACAGAACAAGCGAGGAAGCUCUGAGAAGGAUCGAGUCCCGGUCGAGGGCGAGCUGUGGAAACGAGAGACUCGUCCUUGGAACUCUAUGGAGGAGCCUCUAG